ACAACCCUAGUCUGUUUCAGAGAGUGGCGGAAGUGUUGUAAAACAAUCCACCCAUCUGUUACAGAGGCUUCCCACCGCGCUUCCUAAACCUCCUUGAGCAGUAACAGGAUCUCAACCAGCAACUCUGAUAUGAAUGCAAGAAUUCUGGGGAGCGGUCCUGUGGACGCUGGAUAAGGAAGAUAUUACAGCCAGUGAUCUAAGUGGGAGAAGACAGGCUGGAAGCAUGGUCCCCCUCAGAGACCUGACAAUUGGACUCUCUGCUCUGAUCUCCAGGCAGUGAGCAAGGCUGCACACCGCCCCCUUCUCCCUUCUUGUGUUCCACCUCCAUUCACCGAAAGUCCCACACGGCUUCAGGUAGGCAGAGGCUGGCUAGGGAGUCUCCACCCCUAGCUGGCGGCAGCCAUUCUGCGGGCUCGGGCGCUGAGGGGGUGGGGCCCAUUGGCUGGGGGGCGCUGCCAGUCUCGGGAGGGGGUGUGGUGAGGGUGGGCUCUUGGGCCGCCGCGGGUCGAGGCUGCUCACAGUGUGUAGGGUGGUGGAUGAGCUGGAGCCGGAGCCAGCGCGCUUCAGACUUGAGAACAGUUCAGAGAGUCAGAACGUGCCUGAAAGAGAGAGAGAGAGAGUCAGCGAGUGAGCGCAAGGGGACCUAAAGGAGUCAGGGAGAGAAAGCUAGGGCUCUAAGAGCUAGGCUCAAGACAGAGUGACCAUGGCUGUCUCUGCACCUCCGGUGAUCUCUGCAACUUCCAGCAGCGCCGGCGUCCCGGGGGGUUUAUUCCGGGCUGAACCCCUGUAUUCGUCUCCAGGAGAGCCCCCUCGCCUAACCCCUAACAUGAUCAACAGUUUCAUGGCCAAUAACCAUAACGGCAGUGUCUUGGGUGGCGGGAUUGGUGGUGGCAGCGGUGGCAGCAGCAACACCAACACAAACGAGUGCCGGAUGGUCGACAUGCACGGGGUGAAGGUAGCUUCAUUCCUGAUGGAUGGCCAGGAACUGAUCUGCCUGCCGCAAGUCUUUGACCUUUUCCUCAAGCACCUGGUGGGAGGGUUGCACACAGUGUACACUAAGCUGAAGAGACUCGACAUAUCUCCGGUGGUGUGCACUGUAGAGCAAGUUCGAAUCCUCCGUGGGCUGGGGGCCAUCCAGCCAGGGGUGAAUCGUUGCAAGCUCAUCACCAGGAAAGACUUUGAAACUUUGUUCACCGAUUGCACCAACGCCAGAAGGAAGAGGCAAAUGACAAGGAAACAAGCUGUUAACAGUUCAAGGCCUGGCAGGCCCCCUAAGCGUUCUUUGGGAGUAUUGCAAGAUAAUGCCCGACUUCUGCCCCAUGCAGUCCCAGGCCUCUUAUCACCAGGACUGAUCACUCCAACAGGUAUCACAGCUGCAGCGAUGGCUGAGGCCAUGAAGCUCCAGAAGAUGAAGCUUAUGGCAAUGAAUACUCUUCAGGGUAAUGGAAGCCAAAAUGGGACUGAGUCAGAGCCAGAUGACCUUAAUUCUACGACAGGUGGAAGUGAAUCCUCCUGGGAUAAAGAUAAGAUACAAUCUCCACUUGCUGCUUCUGGACCUCAACAUGGAAUUGCUCAUGCAGCACUUGCUGGUCAGCCAGGCCUUGGAGGUGCUCCGACCCUUAAUCCACUUCAGCAGAAUCACCUGCUAAGCAAUCGUCUGGAUCUCCCAUUUAUGAUGAUGCCUCAUCCCCUACUUCCAGUCAGCUUACCUCCUGCAUCAGUUGCCAUGGCAAUGAAUCAGAUGAAUCAUCUCAAUACUAUUGCCAACAUGGCUGCUGCAGCCCAGAUUCACAGUCCACUCUCCAGAGCUGGUGCCUCUGUUAUAAAGGAACGGAUCCCAGAGAGUCCUUCUCCUGCUCCCUCUCUGGAAGAGAGUCAUCGUCCUGGGAGCCAGACCUCCUCCCACCCAAGCAGCAGUGUGUCCAGCUCUCCCUCGCAGAUGGAUCAUCAUUCAGAGAGAAUGGUUAUGAUGCCCAACAAUCGAGAAGAGCUUAUUGUUGACCAAGAUAAUGGACAAAGCAUAAAAAAAUUCCAGAGGGAUAAUAAAGAUAUCCAAUUGUCCCAGCACCAUUUGUUGAACACUUUUCUUCACUGGAUUGAGUUGGCACCAUUAUCAAAAAAAUCACUUCACCAUCAAAAAGAAGUACCAGCUCAAAUCCCAGUCAUGAAGUCACCCUUGGAUAAGAUCCAGUUGGCUCCUGGACAGGCAUUGCAUCCUGGAUUCCCUGGACCAUUCAUUUUUGCAGAUAGUCUAUCUUCUGUGGAGACUCUGUUGACCAACAUUCAGGUCAACAAUAUUUCUAUAAACAAAAUAAAUGGUCUACUGAAAGUGGCUUUGGAUAAUGCUCGUAUCCAGGAGAAGCAGAUUCAGCAGGAAAAGAAGGAACUGCGAAUAGAGCUCUUCAGAGAAAGAGAAAUUAGAGAAAACCUGGAGCGACAACUUGCAGUUGAGCUUCAAAGCAGAAGUACAAUGCAAAAGCGUCUGAAAAAAGAGAAAAAGGCUAAGAGAAAACUUCAGGAAGCCUUGGAAUUUGAAUCAAAGCGCCGCGAGCAAGUGGAGCAAGCACUUAAACAAGCUACAUCUGGUGACAGUGGACUGAGAAUGUUAAAAGAUUCUGGAAUUCCAGAUAUUGAAAUAGAAAACAGUGGAACGCCGCAUGACAGUGCUGCUAUGCAAGCCUGAACACUGAUGCCGGAACUCCAAGUGAUCAUAGACACGGAUAGGGUGCUGUAGCAGUUACCUGCUUACUUAGUGUUGUGAUUCUUUAGAAUUCAUGCUCAGAUUCUUUUAAAAUAUGGAACACACAAUUACUAUUUGUUCAUAAUUGUUGACUAGAACCUUGAACACAUAGGAAAAAUGUAUUAGAGAAUGGUCUUUGCAAGAUUUUAAGGGGCAAUUAUGAUGACCGAACGUGAUAUUUUAUAGUUUCUUUACCCAUUUCUUCCAACAAGCUACUAGUGCUUCACAAACAUUAUCACAUUUAUCCACACAGCAGGUUUGUAGUGGGUAAGUAGGUGGCACAAUUUUGAAGAUGGAUAAAAUGAUAUUUCUAGAAUUGUAUGUAAGAAAAUAAAAUAUAGAAAAAUCUACUUUGAGCUGUGCCUAUUAUGGAAUAACUUUCUAAUUCUCCAAUACAUUAUUUAACAGUACCUUUAUUAGCAGACAAUUUAUUGGUACAAAUAUUGUAGUGGCCUGUGAACUCACUUUGUAGAAGAAAGUGUGCCUGAUUUGUUCUCCUUUAAAAAAAAAUCAUAGAGAGCUUUAAUACUUAAAUAAUGCCACACCAACAUUUUCCUUUUAUUUGGUAAGGUAGAGCAAGUUAUCUACUCUCUUUCUACUAGCACAUACCUUAUCUAUAAAGAAGACAAUGAUAAAAACUGAUCCCAGCCUACUAAAUUUGCCUUCUUUACUCUUUUUUCUUCAUUUUGAUCACGAACUCUGCUUCUUUUUUAUAAUGGUACCAACAGAAAAAAAUUGUAUGAAUAAAACCCACAGAUACAAGAAAAAAUAAAGAAAGAUAUUAUAGUUCAUUUUCAAUGUGAACAUUUAUACUAUUCAUCCUCUGAUCUAAAACUAAUCAGGUAACUCGCAUUUCAAAAAAUAUAUAAAUGGCCUGAAUUGUUCAGGAAAUGUUUUAGAAUAUUUUUUGACAGUUUACUUAUUAAAGACCUAGCCACAAACAGGCGAUAUUAAUUAUGCCCAUUUUCACACCUCCUAAGAAUCUACUACAUCAGUAUUUGAGUCAUUUAAUGACACUUCUCAAGCAUUUAGAUUGCACCAGCAAAAUCUUAUUCAUUGUGUAGUAUCUACCCUAGUAUCAAAUUCUGUUGUGACAAAAGUUCUACUCAUGUAAAAUACCAACUGAUAUUUUAUUCAUUUUUCUAAUAAUUAAUUCCCUGUAGUCAUAUAUGUAAUUUCUUUUGGAAUGACCAAUAAACUUAAAUAAUUUUUAAAAUAAUACAUUAAUUCAUAUCAAUAUGAUAUAUUACUUGUUUCACAUCCUGAAAAUUUUUUCGAAGUUAUAAAGAAUUUUGCUUUUGGUACUUUCUAUGAUGCACACAUGAUUUACUUGUACACAAUCUAUAAUGUUUCAUCUGAUUGCAUCAAAAUAAUGCAAACUUAGAAAUAAUUGAUGAACAAUGAAAUAUAAUUGGCAAAAUCAAAUAUAUGAAUGAAUUAACAAUGACUUAUGACAAAUGGUACAACAUACAUAGUCACCUUUUCAUUAUAUAGACAAAGAACAUGUACUGAAUAGUACAUAAAAUUUAAUAAAAUUUUCAAGUCAGGUCACUUAAACGUACAGUAGUGUCUUUUUCACUAUUUUAAGUGAAAAGUAAGAAUCCUGUUUUUCUGGCAUUUUCCCACUUGUUUGGCCUUUUUAAUGGUGCCUGAUGCUAGGUGUUCUUUUAUUAUGAGCUUUAGAUGUAUAAUACAGAAGGCCAGUAUCAGACUUACUGGAUCUGAAACAGUCAAUUUUGGUUCUUGAUGGGCUCAACCUAUCAUCAGAGGGUAUCCUGAUAGAGAAGAUCACCUGAUAGAGAAGAGCUUCCUAUGCCGUCCCAAGUUAGGCAUUUCUGCAUUAAGGAAAGCAUUGCACAAACCUAUAUUUUUACUUAAAAUACUGUCAUAUCUGUAAAUACAUAAUUCCCCAUUUUGCCCUUUGGAUAAAUAUUGAAGCAGUAUACUUAUUGCCAGCUUUCCACAAGUAUCAAAGUAUGUCGCUCCUUAUGAGUUGCAAAGAGCCUAACAUUCUGCUGGAGAGGAGCUUGUCAUUACUUUUCCUUAUCUACAAUCAUGUUUACAUACAGAAUGCAUAUGAGAUCAUAUCUGUUUGAUGUUCAAGUAUAAACCCUCUUAAAACUAUGAAGGAGUCAACUACUAAUUAGCUGUUUCCUAUUCCUAAUGAUGUGAGCAUGGCAGAUUUGGAUUAAAAUUCAGCUACAGCUCUCUUCUGUUUAUGGUUCCAGAUGUUUUUGUUUUAUCUAGGAGUUUACUUUGACAGCUACUACUAAAUGAUAAAUCACUCAUAUUAUAGCAGAAAUGCAUUUUGAAAUUGAAACAUGGCAAACUUUGCGAUUGUUCCAAGGAACAGCAUCGAUUACUAGGUUAUUACUUGUUCCUUCCUUAUAAUCAGUCUGUAUUGGAAUACUCAGAGCAGUAACAGAAGAUGUCUCAAUAUUAUAGAACGGGCCAUGCUGUUUAGUUACUACUAUCCUUAAAAUUUGGGGCAGUUUUACUAAUAGCAUCUCAACUUAUUGUAUUUUGAGCAAAACAAUUGAUUUACAUCUUAAUGUUGUCUUCUUGGUGGCUUAGUAUGUCUCUUGAUUUGCAAGUUGUUGUGCAAACUAUUUCUAAUAAGCUUUGUAAGUGGGCACAUUUAAUGAAAGUUGUGGCCAAAAAUGUUUGUCUCUUGUAACAAAGAUAAGAAUUAAACAAAAUAAAGUGAAAGAUUUUUUUUUUCAAAAACUGCAUUUUUCCAAAAGACAGUGAUUGUGUUUUCCAUUCAUUGCUGUGUUUAUAUGAGUUUUUAGGUGACAUUGUUUGUUUUACUCUUGCUUUCAAAUUUGUAAUGUUCACAUUUUGUCCUGCAUGACUCAAGCUUUAUUAUUAUUGUAUAAAUUCAAAUCCUAGUAAAAAUGAAUGGCAUUUGACGUUGAAGAGCUUUUUACUGAUUUGGGGACUGUGUGUACAGAGGAUGAGGUAGCUGGUAGAACGGAGUACCUAGUUGGUCAAUAUCAUCACAGAAAUUUGAACUAUGUAGAGGCUAGGACCUCAUUACAGAGCUCAGACUGCAUGUCCAAAAGAUUAAUCUAAGCAGUUUUCUGGGGUUAAAGAUUACCAAACUAUUAAAAACAAAAAAAAAAUUUUAUGUUCUGGUUUCUGAAACAUUCAAGUUAGUUCCAUGGCUUUCUUGUACAAAUGUCUAUUUACCUGCUAAUGAAGCCCUAUUCCAGCUUUUCUGAUUAACACAUAAUACAAGUUUUUCUUCUAUUACCUUGUAUCUCCUUUAUUUUUGGUUUUGAAAUAAUUGCCACGAAAUUCCAUUGAUUUUUUUAAUAUGCAAUAUUCUCCAAAAAUAUAUUGUAGAGAUUUUUUCCUUAUAACUCAAAACCUUUUCCCAUAUGUGUUAAUAUUUUAAACAAGGAAUAUCAGUCAAGCAUGAUAAUACAUGCAUCCUUAUAUGUAAAGAGGGCACAUUUGUUUUACAAAAAUGUAAUUUUAGGUGUUUAUUGAACAUAAGUAAUAGAUUUGUGCUGAUUUAUGAACACAUUCUUUUCUGCUUCCUGUUCUGUAACCAAAGGAUAAUUUUUGUUAUUUAGCUAGUGAAACAAACAGGUCAUAAGCCAUUAUAAUAGAAAAGAGCAAUUUUAAGCCCAAAGAGGCAGAUUAUAAUUUCUUUUUCAUUUUCAAUAAUAAAAGUUAACUAUAUCUAUGAGUUGGUAUCUAACUAGCAAAUAAUAUAUAGAUUGUAUUACAAAUGUUUAAAUGAAUAUUGGUUUUGCCACUUAAAAUUCAAAUGAUAUUGAAAACUAGUCUCCAUAUGGUGUGCACGGUCUUAGAAUUAACCUGGGCAAUAAAAAUUCUAAAUGUACAAAGUUGUUAUUAUUUUAGAGCCAAACCAGGCAAUAUCUUUCCUUCUGAUUUUGGUAAAGCACAGGAACUUCAAGUGUAAUAUUAUGUACAAAAGUAAAAAAAAAAUAUAAAUCUUUACAGACAUUAUAAAAUAGUUUAUGAAGAAAGUCUUUAUCAGUUUCCAGGUCUUCAAUGCUGUGCAAAGGAGAGGAGCUGUUGCAUGACAUUUACUUGAAGGAACUUUGAAAUUUGACUCAUUAACCUACAGACAUGUUAAAUUAAAAUUGACCGAUAUUAAACCAUUCCUGUUACAUUAAACCACUUUAGGUUCCUGAAGACUGACCUUUUAGUCCUUUCAUACCUAUGUUUCAACUAUGGUCCACAGAAGAACUAACAUGUUUUCUUUUUUUUUAAGGAGGUAACUAUUACUGUUUAGCAAUGGCACAGCAGUUGUGUUCAGCCUGAAAGGUCCUCGCUGGCUUUACAUUAAAGAAGAUACUUGUGAUUCCAGUAUAUCUCUGAAAAUAUCCAUCAUGGAGUUAUUUCAGUUGUGUUUAUCAGCAAAGCUCUGUGACUGAAUCAUAAUUUCUAUGUUACAUUAAGAAAAAAAAAAGGAAUACGUGUAUAUUUAAAAAGCAAUGAUGUGAUAAUCUUUGUCCUGGUAUUAGAUUCACCAAUUUAAAAACAUGAGCUAAACCCUGAUGACUUAAGUAUAUUGACCAUAUUUGAUGAUUUUUUAUGCUCAUUUCUGCUUGGCUUUUUGUCCUUCAAAAAAAAACAUAGUAGUAUCUUAGAGACUAGAAACUUAUAUGUAUGGUUUCUCUGUUCUACAAUAUGUUAAGUUAAAGUACACUUUGUUUAAAAUGUACUUGCUAAAUUUCAGUAUGAAUAAAAGCAUUUUGAAUUUGUCA